GCAUGGAGUUGGCCGGAGAGGAUAAAAACCCCUGAGCAGGACUGGAGCCCACACUACUGUCAAGCAGCCCAGCCGGAGCACGCACCUCUCCCAAGACUACCACUGCAGCAGCAGCAGCAGCUUACCUGAGCCAAGGCUUCCUUCACCAUGUCCUGGGGAUACGGCAAGGACAACGGACCUGCUCACUGGCAUGAGAACUGUCCCAUUGCCAAUGGAGAACGGCAAUCUCCGAUCGACAUCCAGCAUAAGUCAUGCAAAUACGACGCAUCGCUGAAGUCCCUCAACCUUAGUUAUGACCCAUCUGCAGUCAAAAGCAUUGUCAACAAUGGACACUCCUUCAAUGUGGAGUUUGAUGAUUCUGGUGACAAAUGUGUGCUGAAAGGUGGCCCAGUUGAGGGAACCUACAAGCUGAUUCAGUUCCACAUUCAUUGGGGAUCCUGUGAAGGCCAAGGCUCUGAACACACUGUUGAUGGGGUGAAAUAUGAUGCAGAGCUUCACCUGGUUCACUGGAACACAAAAUAUGGUAGCUUUGGUGAAGCUGUGAAACAUCCAGAUGGACUGGCAGUUGUGGGUGUGUUUCUGAAGGUUGGGAGUGCCUGUCCUGGAAUACAGAAAGUUGUCGAUGCACUGGACUCCAUCAAACACAAGGGCAAACGGGCUGCCUUCACAAACUAUGAUCCCACUGGUCUGCUUCCUUCCUCUCGGGAUUACUGGACCUAUCUGGGUUCACUGACCACUCCUCCUUUGCUUGAAUGCGUCACCUGGAUUGUUAUGAAGGAGCCUGUAACUGUCAGCAAGGAACAGAUGGAAAAACUCCGUUGUCUUUGCUUCAAUGAUGAGAAUGAGUCACACUGUGCCAUGGUUGACAACUGGCGCCCAUGCCAGCCCCUGAAGGGCAGAGAUGUUAGGGCCUCCUUCCAAUAAGCGCUGUCCAUUAAACAUUGCUGUGUUCUGGAGGGUUUGGGUUUGUUUUUUCUAAGCUAAGCACAAAUCAGACUAAUGCCAUACAUGCACUGGUGACAGCUAUUUGCUUUUCCUAGUGUUCUCUCUUCUUCCUGUCCUAUUCCGAAUUUCUAAGUAAUGAAAUGCAAAAAGGCCAUAAAUCAGGAAGAAGGCCAUUAUAUUGCAGUGUGGGUGGGUGUGCAUUGUGCUUGCCAGGGGAAAAAGGAAGGGGAGCAGAGGCACAGAGUGAUGCUUGAUAAGAAUUGCUGUGAUUUUGGUGCUGAUGCUGUAAUAGGAUAUCAUUCUUUGACAGCCUGUCAAGGGAUGGAAUGAUAGGAAACUGAUAAAGAAGCCAUUUUUAAAAAAACAAAAAAGUAACCUCAUAGAAACAUACGAUGCUGUGUAAACUCAAUAACUUGAAUCUUUCAUGGAAGCACAGGAAUGCAAUCUAAUGUGGACAUUUUGUUUCUGAUUUAAGGUAAUACCUUUUAUAAAAAAUAGGCAUUAAAAUGCAACAUUAGUAUUGAAGAUCAAAUGUCUUAGCUUUUAAAAAGUUUGAAGUGUAAAUAUUCUACUUGUUUUACAUUUUAGCCAUAAAUCUGAACCAUGUCUUAAUGUUAGUGUUUUUUUUUCAAAUUACAAAAUGUCAGCUGACCUAAAUUAAGUACUGUUGUGUGUAAAAAUUGUUGAUACCAUAGAUAUAAUACAGAAUAUUGUACCAUUAAAAUAAUGUCAUAAUUUAAAUAAGAAAUUAAUAUUGUAUUUUAGAUACCUUCUCUAAUAAAAAAUAUAUAUAUUUAA